CCGCGAACAAGCCGAAGAGCUCCAAUCGACAUUAUGGACGCGCUUAGGAAUGGACCCUAAUGACAUGUCGACAUGGACAACCGAACGCACAAACAUGCCCUGGCACAACGCCUUCAACGUCGCGGACCUUGCCCCCAAAGCCUGGGCUGGCAUCUGCUCUCUCCUCGGCGGCUCCUCGCGCGUAGACCCCGAAGCAUCCAGCUGGAAAGACAGCUUCAUCGUCAACCUCGGCACGCCCGCCGGUCACGACAAAGUCGUAAACCCGCAGGAGCUCACCGGCUGGCACGUCGACGGCGAUUUCUUCGUGCACUAUCUGGACUCGCCUGAGCAGGCACUGCUCGUCAUCCCGCUGUGGAGCGACAUUGUUCCCGGAGGAGGUGGGACGAUGAUCUGCCCAAGGGCGAUUGAUGUUGUGGCGAAGCAUCUGUACGAGCAUCCUGAGGGCGUGAGUCCGCGCAUGUCGCCGCGGGCGCAGAACCCCGAGUUCAAACAAGAAGCCCAAGGCCUGAAAUGGUUCAACGAACUUGCCAGCGCUAUGCCUGAUGAGGCGUUCGUCGAAGCGACUGGUGUCGUCGGCGACGUGUACCUGCUGCACCCACUGAUGCUGCACUCAGCGAGCAAUAACCAGCUGCGCAAGGUGCGGGUGAUUACAAAUCCGCCUGUGAGCGUUCGAGAGCCAUUCUGUUUCGAUAGGGAAGAUGGCGCGUAUAGUGUUGUGGAGAGGAAGACGCUGAAGGCGCUGGGGAAGGGGAGGCUUGAGGGGUGGAGGAUUCAGGGUGACAGGAGGAGAAUCGUGCCCGAGAGAAUGAGGAUUCAGCAGGAGAUGAAGAGGAAGGAGGAGGAUAGGUUGAGGAAGUUGAAGGAGGCGACCGAGGGAGUGGAAGUGAGGACGGCGGAAGUAGAGCCAGUGGCGUAGAGGCCAGCCGUCUAGGACCAUGCCUUUCGGGGAUGACGCUUAAAGACGUAGUGG